AUGAAACCCCGCCCCCCGGGGGCCUUGCUGAGCCUCCCUCUGGAACUCACUGCCCCCUGGCCUGGCCUUCUGCCUCUGAGCCCCUCUGAUCCACCCUCCCGACCAGCCAACCCCUCUGAGCUGCAGACGAGGCGGGCCCACCCCCUCACUAUAUACCGAGGUGCUGCUGGUUCGUCCGAGUUCUGUGGUGGCUGGGGUGGCGGCCUGAGCCUGCCUGGCCUGGUGCAGGGUGGGGUGGGGCCCUGUGGGCUGUGCGAACGCCCCCACCUAGCUGUGCCAGCCAGUGGAGGGGUCCAGCUGCCGGACUCCCCAAGGCUGCCCAAAGACCCUGUGAGCUCAGCCAGAGUCGUGCAGGCCAGGCUGCGGCCAACAGACGCCCUGGGCUUCACCCUUGCGGUGACUCCUGUCACUGCACCAGUUCCUCCAGGGGCCUUCCCCGUGUCCCCCAAGCCCUCGGCCAGACCCCCUCCUCUGUUUCUUCUGUCCAAGCUCAACCCUUUCAACAGGUACCACGAGAGCUACUCCCACGGUGCUGGCAUCAUCCCUUUCCGCAGGGAGGCCAAGGGCAAGGGAGGGGAGGAAAGCAAGUUCCAGGAUGAGAGGGUCCUGCAGCUGGUGGGCGCUGAGCCCUGCUCUCGUUUUCGCUUCCCAGGGGCCCGCCCGCGAACCGCGUUCUACCCGGCGAGGGGAAGCUGGCCCCGGGAGGCUGGGCGGGGCCGCGCAGGAGGGCAGGGCGGGGCCUGGCUGGGCGGGGCCGGACCGGUGGGCGGGGCUUCGGCAGCGAUCCCUGCGUCAUCCGGGCACCGCCUUCGCGCUCUGUCUCUGCUGGGCGCGGGACGCGGCGCUCCUCCCGGGAACCCCUGCGCGACCGCGGCGGCGUUUCCGGGGAGCCCGUUGGCGGGCGGACCUGGCUGCGCGGAGCGGAAGUGGGCGGCUGCGGGGAGAGCGGAGCGGCGCUGCGGGAGGGACCUGGCCGAGCUGGAGGGCGCCGGGGAGCGGAGCGCGGGCGGCCCCCGAGGCCCGGGCGAGAGGACCGCUGCAGGGCCCGUGGCGAGCGCGGCAGCGCCGGGGGAGCGCGGCGGGGAUGGGGCGCCGGGCCGGGUGGGGACCGGGGCCUCGGCCCUGUUUGCGGGGCUGCAGGAUCUGGGUGUGGCCAACGGCGAGGACCUGAAGGAGACGCUAACCAACUGCACGGAGCCUCUCAAGGCCAUCGAGCAGUUCCAGACAGAAAACGGCGUGCUGCUGCCCUCCCUGCAGUCCGCCUUGCCUUUCUUGGACCUGCAUGGGACGCCGCGGCUGGAGUUCCACCAGUCGGUUUUUGAUGAGCUUCGGGACAAGCUGCUGGAGCGUGUGUCCGCCAUCGCUUCAGAGGGGAAGGCCGAAGAAAGGUAUAAGAAACUGGAGGACCUCCUGGAGAAGAGCUUUUCUCUGGUGAAGAUGCCGUCUCUGCAGCCAGUGGUGAUGUGCGUGAUGAAACACUUGCCCAAGGUUCCUGAGAAGAAGCUGAAGCUGGUGAUGGCUGACAAGGAGCUGUACCGGGCCUGUGCGGUGGAGGUGAAGCGGCAGAUCUGGCAGGACAACCAGGCGCUCUUCGGUGACGAGGUCUCCCCGCUGCUGAAGCAGUACAUCGUGGAGAAGGAGAGCGCGCUCUUCAGCACGGAGCUCUCUGUCCUGCACAACUUCUUCAGCCCUUCCCCCAAAACCAGGCGCCAGGGCGAGGUGGUGCAGAGGCUGACGCGGAUGGUGGGCCGCAACGUGAAGCUCUACGACAUGGUCCUGCAGUUCCUGCGCACGCUCUUCCUACGCACCCGCAACGUGCACUACUGCACGCUCCGCGCCGAGCUGCUCAUGUCCCUGCACGACCUGGACGUGGGCGACAUCUGCUCCGUGGACCCCUGCCACAAGUUCACCUGGUGCCUGGAUGCUUGCAUCCGAGAGCGGUUCGUGGACAGCAAGAGGGCCCGCGAGCUACAGGGCUUCCUUGACGGAGUAAAGAAGGGGCAGGAGCAAGUCCUGGGGGACCUGUCCAUGAUCCUGUGUGACCCCUUCGCCAUCAACACCCUGUCUCUGAGCACUGUCAGGCACCUGCAGGAGCUGGUGGGCCAGGAGGUGCUACCCAGGGACAGCCCAGACCUCCUCUUGCUGCUCCGGCUGCUGGCGCUGGGCCAGGGCGCGUGGGACAUGAUCGACAGCCAGGUCUUCAAGGAGCCCAAGAUGGAGGUGGAGCUGGUCACCAGGUUCCUGCCCAUGCUCAUGUCCUUCGUGGUGGACGACCACACCUUCAACGUGGAUCAGAAGCUCCCGGCCGAGGAAAAGGCCCCGGUCACGUACCCAAACACGCUGCCGGAGAGCUUCACCAAGUUUCUGCAGGAGCAGCGCAUGGCCUGCGAGGUGGGGCUGUACUACGUGUUGCACAUCACCAAGCAGAGGAACAAGAACGCGCUGCUGCGCCUGCUGCCGGGGCUCGUGGAGACCUUCGGCGACCUGGCGUUCGGGGACAUUUUCCUGCACCUGCUCACGGGCAGCCUGGCCCUGCUGGCCGACGAGUUCGCCCUGGAGGACUUCUGCAGCAGCCUCUUUGACGGCUUCCUCCUCACCGCCUCCCCAAGGAAGGAGAGCGUGCAGCGGCACGUCCUGCGGCUCCUGCUGCACCUGCACCACCGGGUGGCCCCGUCCAAGCUGGAGGCGCUGCAGAAGGCGCUGGAGCCCACCGGCCAGAGUGGAGAGGCGGUGAAGGAGCUGUACUCCCAACUUGGAGAGAAGCUCGAGCAGCUGGACCACCGGAAGCCCAGCCCAGCCCAGGCCCCGGAGACGCCAGCCCUGGAGCUGCCCCUGCCGGCUGUGCCCGCCCCGGCUGUGCUCUGAGGCUCUGCUUGGGGCUGCUCAGGGCGGGCAGGGCCCCUGCUGGGGGUGUGGCCCCGGUCGGCCUGGAGACGAGGCUCCUUCCUGCCCCACAGACCCUCUCCUGGAGGUGGUUUCGCCGUUCCUGGGGCCUCCUGUGGGCAGGGCCCCCCUGCCCUGCACCUCAGCCGUGCCCUGAACUGGGUCCUGGGAGGCGUUCACCUCCUGUGUGAGGGGCCCACGCCCCUGCUGCUCCCAGGUCCCUGGCCAGCUCCUUGGAGCCCCGGCCCUGCUCCAGGCCUUGCCGCCCCCUCCCACUCCCACACCGUGGAAAGCUGCCUGCUUGUUCCUCCUCGAAUCAGGGGUUUCCACUGCUGUCGGGCAGACAGACGAGCAGUAGCUGGGACUGGGAAAAAGCCACCUGUUUUCCCAGGGGUGGGGCGGGGCCUGAGACCCACGGGGAAGAGGGCAGGCCAGGAUGGUUGUCACAGAUUGGCAGAAUCACGCAAUUUGCUGGCAGGGGUGUCUGCAGACGGAGGAAAACCCGCUGCCUCGGUUUACCCUUGGAGCGCACGGCCGGGCGAGGGUCAGCUGUUGCUCAUAGUUGCGACUUUUGUAAAUAAAAGGUGUUUUGGUAAACCCA